AUGUUAGGUCGAUUCUUCACCUCGUCAUAUCCCAUGGAAAGGCACUACUUUAUGCUGCCCAAAUUUGCACUAUCGGUGAUUGGUUUCUAUCCGGAACAGGAGCGCACUUUGGGGCUUCGCCUGUGGAGUUUUGUCAACUUUUUCAUCCUCGCCUACGGCUGCUAUGCGGAGGCAUACUACGGCAUACACUAUAUAGCCAUUGACAUAGCCACUGCCCUGGAUGCCCUGUGUCCAGUGGCCUCGAGCAUUCUCUCCCUGCUGAAGAUGGUCAGCAUUUGGUAUUACCGGGACGAAAUGAAGGCGUUGAUUCAAAGGAUUCGCACCUUAACCGAAGCACAGCGUUCGGAGCGGAAACUUGGCUACAAGAAGAGAUUCUACACGCUGGCCACCAGGCUGACGGCAUUGCUCCUCAUCUCGGGUCUAUGCACGAGCACUUCGUACUCGGUGAGGCAUUUGCUGGACAAUGUGCUGAGACGUGCCCAUGGCAAGGAUUGGAUCUAUGAGACGCCGUUUAAAAUGAUACUGCCAGCUCCUCUGCUCCGUUUGCCGCUCUACCCCCUCACCUACAUGAUCGUUCAUUGGCAUGGCUACAUCACUGUUGCUUGCUUUACAGGAGCCGAUGGUUUAUUUCUUGGUUUCUGUUUAUAUCUGACGGUGCUGCUGUUCUCCCUGCGCGACGAUGUCAACGAUUUGCUGGAGGUGGCCAGCAUAGAAGACACCCCCACCGAAGAGACUGAGGCACGUAUUGUGCGUGAAAUGGAGAAGCUGGUGGAUCGGCACAAUGAGAUAGCAGAACUCACGCAGCGAGUGUCGGGUGUCAUGGUGGAGAUCACCCUGGGACACUUUGUAACCUCUAGUCUUAUUAUAGGCACCAGUGUGGUGGAUAUGCUGCUGUUUUCAGGCGUUGGCAUCGUCGUUUAUUUGGUAUACACCUGGGCUGUGGGCACCGAAAUCUUUUUGUAUUGCCUGGGCGGAACACACAUCAUGGAAGCGUGCUCGGAUCUGGCGCGCUCUACCUUUGCCAGUCACUGGUAUGGACACAGUGUACGCGUGCAGAGAAUGGCUCUCCUGAUGCUGUCUCGUGCUCAAAAAGUGCUCACCAUUAAGAUUCCAUUUUUUUCGCCCUCGCUGGAGACGCUCACAUCGAUUCUACGCUUCACGGGCUCUUUGAUUGCUUUAGCCAGAUCUCGGAUAUAGAUGAUAAAAUCGAUCUCCACUUCGGAAACCCUCUUACCUUUUAGAGAUUAAAUAUAAAUGAAGCAAAUUGCAGAAAUAUAUAAAAGCCACAACCUUUGAACCUCUUAUUAUCCUUAACAAUGGAUUGAUCAAUGAAAAAUUUAAUUUUAGCGGAGCUUCCUAGAGUUCUCUCCCACUGUGGCUUA